AUGCUUAGCAUCUUCGAGCGCGCCACCGCAAACCCGCCCCCGUCCACGCAAGGACGAAAUCAAGAUGCUGCGACCCCCGACACUCCCCUCACCCCCGUUCGCAAUGAACUCCGAGGCGAAUUGGAGCGGACCCCGCUGUUCCUCGACUCUCCCAUCAUGAAUCUCCCUCUACGACGCCAACGAUCCAACGAUGACAACUACUCUAAGGCUCAGCGAAAGCGCCACAGAGACGAAGCGAAGGUGGCCGCCACUAACGCUGGGGUUGAGACGGAGGAGAUAAUGCGCUUCGCAGAUCUCCCAAGUCCUGGCCACAUGCUGAUCAAUCUGAAGAUCGAUUUUACGCGAACUUUGAAGCACAUGCGCGAGGCCCAUCUGUUCAAGUACCUGAUGACGAACGAUUUUGAUAUCUUGCUCUCCUACCGCAUUCAAGUAUGCUUUUUGGCCCCCAACAUUCCCACCUACCUCGAAGAGACGAAUGCCAGGGUUGCGAAUGUCAUGAGGAUGCAUCCCGAGAGUAUGAGCCUGCCUUCUGACAUUCACGAAUACGCCGGCUUGUUCGACCUGGCGGUCGUGAAGGUCCCUAACUUGAAUUCACGGGCUCGUGGGGUCCUUCGCCACAAGAUCUUGGUAUCGCUCGGCACUAAGUUGCCGCCUGGAGUGAAGCACGAUUGGAAGCUCGGGACACCGAAGACUCUCUCACAACUGGCGCUGUCGUUGGUUCCCAAGAACACCUCGGUCGCGAUGACCAACGCACACCUGCUGAGGUUAGCUGUACUGAGGCAGUUGAUGACCGAUUUCUUCACCGGUCUGCAUGAGGCGCAGAAGUGCCCCAACCAUGCGCCUUCUCAGUCGUCGCCUACCCCCGUCACUGGCAAUGACGACAACGACAACGAGGAGGGGGACGCGUCCGGCACCGGAUCCAAUGCGAACGAACAUCAGUUUGCAUCCCCGACUAUUGGCGACGAUUCUCAAGCACCUCCGAAAGCACCAUUGGCGGGCGAUUACGACGCUAGCCAUCUCUGGAAGUACAUCGAUGCCCAGUUGAACUACCAAAGGAGUCAAAUUUGCUACCUCUUCAAGGACAAGGCGGAUCAAACCAAUGCAUGGCAAAGGUAUCUCAAUGAGCAGUUGCAAUCCGAUCUCGAGAAGUACAAGCCCAAAGGUGCCGGGACCUCUCCGCUCUCCAUCGUCGAGUCGACCCCAUUCCCAUGGCAAGAGACUAUCGAGCGGGCCAUGACGUGGUCGGCCUGA